CUUCAACAGGCACCCACGACUUCGACUUCCAAACACGACAGUGGAACGGCAAUUCUGUCUCUGUGUGUGUGUUAGUGUGAACUACAAAUUAUGUUUCGGUUGACGCAGACAGUUUAUCCGGUUAUUAAGACAUUGAAGGCCCCCGUUCGGUUGCUGUCGACCGGACAGGAUGCGGCCCUGUGCCAAGACGCCCCCCCAGCCGGCCUGGAGUGGGACAGUGCACUUCCGUACAGUGAGAUGCCCGGACCCAGACCUCGACCUGUCAUCGGGAACAUCAUGCGUUUCCUGCCGGGUGGCGAGUUUUAUAAGCAAGAAACGUCACGCAUUUUCGACAUUUUGCGUGAGACCUACGGACCUGUGUCGAAACUGAGUGGGAUUUUAGGAAAACCCGACUUUGUUUGCGUUUUCGACGCUGUUGAGGUGGCAAGGGUUUUCCGCAGCGAGGGACCGUUGCCGAUUCGAGGAGGAGCGGACUCCCUUGACUACUACUUCCGCAACAUGAGGAAACAUUGUCCCCCCAGCCUCAUUAUCUCACAGGGCCCUGAAUGGCAAACCUUCCGAUCGGCUGUCAAUCAGGUGAUGAUGCAGCCAAGAAACACCCUGCAGUACGUGCGUCCCAUCGACCGAGUCAGUCAGGAGUUCGUGGACAGAAUGAGGGUCAUACGAAACGACAAGCUGGAAAUGCCUCCUGACUUUUCCCAUGAGAUAUCCAAAUGGGCUCUUGAGUCCAUCACGCUGGUCGCCCUGGACGCCCGGCUGGGCCUGUUGAAGCAGCCCGACCCGGAGGCCAGCCAGAUGAUCAAGGCGGUGCGCUGCAUGUUCGACAGCAUGUACGAGCUGGACGUGCUGCCGUCGCCGUGGAAACUCAUCUCGACCCCAGCGUACCGGCGAUUUGUGUCAUCCAUCGACUUCGUUACCCAGCUGUCAACGAAGCACGUCAACAAGGCCAUGGAGCGACUGUCAAGGCUCCCGGCGGACGAGGAACGCGACUUCAGUGUCCUUGAAAAUCUGCUUAUCCGCACCCGAGAUCCACAACGAGCCGUCACCAUGGCUCUCGACAUGCUCCUGGCUGGCAUCGACACGACAGCGACAGUCGUGUCGAUGGUGGCGUACCAACUGGCCAACAACCCGGAGAAGCAGCUCAGGCUGCAUGAAGAAGUGGACCGUCUGUUACCGAAUCCGACCGCCACGCUGGAGAAGCAUCAACUCAAGGACAUGAGGUACCUACGGGCGUGCAUCAAGGAAACCAUGCGACUGAUGCCGAUCGCCUUAGGCCUUGUCCGCACCACUGUCAAAGAUAUGGUUAUCGGCGGAUACCAGGUUCCCAAGGGGACCUUGACCUGCAUGGUCACGCACCAGCUGUCAGUGAGCGAGGCCUACUUUCCGCGGGCGGACGAGUUCCUUCCAGAGCGCUGGCUGCCCGGCGGCGACCACAUCAAAUGCAGACACCCCUACGCGUUCUUGCCGUUCGGCUUCGGACCGCGGUCCUGUGUCGGGCAGAGGCUGGCGGACCUGGAGAUCGAGAUUCUCCUGGCCAAGGUGUUCCGGAAUUUUUCAAUGGAGUGGAACCGUCCCCCUGCCAAGACCAAGUUCCGCAUGCUGUUCAGCUUCGAUGAUCCAUUAACUUUUACAGUCAAGGAUAGGAUUUAAAGCACGGGCCAAGUCACGACGACGACGAACAAUAAAUCCGUCUCUUUCGGUUUAGUUAGUUGUUUGUAAGCUGUAUUCGUAGUAAUAUCUGAAAAUCCGAAUACAAAUUCUGCUCUGAGUGAACACUUGCUUAAGGAUCCCUGUUUUGGGGUAAAGAAAAAAGGAAGGGGCGGGGGAUGUGUUGUUAUUGAAAUUGUUUCAUCUUAACAGUUGGCAGCAGUGCCUUCCCUUGUCGUGUAAAUAAAUAACUUUGUACUGCAAAUACGUUGUCUUGUCAACCUGUAAGCAUGUGUAACCGUCAGUCGUCAGUCUUCGGAAUUAAAGAGUCGAGAGCACA